AUGGCACCUCCGUGGGGCCACGGGUGUUUAAUUUUCCUAUCCUUGUUGUGGGUACUGUGCGCCUGUGUUGCUGCCGAUUUGUCCGAUCAGACUUACGAUGAUGUUGUGGCUUUCGAAAGCGUUCGGAUCGUACAGCGUGCGAAACCUGCGGCCACGACAGCGGACCUCGCAACACCACAAGUGGUUAGGAGAAAGAAAGUCAGCCCCGAAGUUGCACAGCCUGUAAGAGUGGCGCCGCGACGUCUGAGAGGCGUCCCCAAGAAGACGAAAGCUCCACCGGCAGUCAUUGAUGAUUUGGAAACUGACCUAAAGUCAUCCGCUUCAGGACACCAUGAAAGUGUUGGGCAUGGGCAUGGUGGACACGGAGGUGGAAAGCAUGGUGGCGGCAAGCAUGGUGGCGGGGGCGGUGGUCAUCAUGAAAAAGGGGGUGGCAAGGAACAUCACUCGGAACAUCAUGCUAGUCACGGUAAUAAAGGUGAUAAGGGAUACAAAGGACAUCACAGCCACGAGAAGGCAGAGCAUGGAUACCACGACAAGGAGGGCCACAGCGGGCACCACGAUGAACAAGGGGGUAAAAAGUCGGAGCACCAUGAAGGUGGAGGCCACCAUGGCGAACAUCAUCACGGUGAGAAAGGAGAGAAGGGAGCGAAGUACGGUGAAGAGGGAGAACACAAGAAAGGUCAUAGCACCAAGGGCGAGCACAACGUCCACAAGAAAGACGAGUACGAAAAGAAGCACGAGUUCUAUGACGAGCACCACGAGGGAGGUGAACACAGCAAGCACGGAGAAUUCCAUGCGCAUCACGACAAGAAGGAAGGAGGCCACGAAAAGGAAGGACAUCACCAUGCUGAACAUCACGAACAACAUCAUGGGAAGAAGGGUCAUCACGACAAAGGUCACCAUCAUGACGACCACAAGGGCCACAAGAGUGAGCAUGGCCAUGCGGAGCAUCACGCACACGAGGAACACCAUGGCAAAAAGUCUGGCGAUGACGUGGAAAAGAAAUGGGCGUACAGUGCUGGGCAUAAGGACGGCGGUGGAAAGCAUGGUGGAAAGCACGGUGGAAAGCAUGGUGGCGGUAAACACUGA